AUAACCAAUAUAUUUGUAAAAUUGCUAUAUACAAUUACUCUAUAAACUAUUUUUUACAAAGUAGUGAACCCUAGCUAAUAAGAAGCUAAUAAUGGAAUAAGUAAAUCCAUCCUAUUGGGUGAAUUGUAUGCAUCUGGAAGAAGUGAUGGCAAAAAUUAUAUAACUACAAUACAGACAGAAGAACAAAGCAACAAAAAAACAUCAAUCAUGCCAAACACAAUUCAAUUCACAAUGCACCUUUGCAAAUUCGUGGCGAAGAGAGGGAGUAAAACAACCACACAGCAAACAAAAGUACGGCCUGGACAAACAUAAACACACAUUGCCAUAAAUCUUGCGACAAACAGGUUUUCCCAAAUACAGAAAACAAAAUUAAGCAAAAAAUUUAACUUUCCAAGCUGUUCCACAUUCCAACACGCCGAUACGAUGAUCAACUACGCCAGUCGUAAUUUGGACUUCAGCAAGCGCGAGUGAUGUGGUUUCGAAAAUAACGAAUUUACUACAAAUAGAUAGCUAUUUGUUCUAGUGUAAUCAGGUGUAACUAUCGUUUAAUUUGAAGGUUAAGUCACGUGGAUUGAUAAAUUGAAUUCGGCCAUAGCAAUUUGCAAUCGGUUACCACUUUGAUUGAUUGUUAUCUAUGUUUAACUAUCGAGCGGGAAUAUAUUUGACAAACGGUAUGUAUCGCCCGGGUAUAACGUUUUGGCCUGUUUGCCAUUAUCGACACACCUCAAACGUACGCGGCCCGCUUAUCCAUUUCUUAUCAUCUUUUAUCAUCCCCAGUUGCCCUUUUAUUGCGCUGAGCAACGGUCAUCGGCACUCGGGGCUUGCUGUGCGCGAGAUAUCGUCGCCAGUCAUUAGUAAGAUGUUGCUCGCGGAGGUUUUACGUCCGGCCGUGCUUGCCGUGCUUUAUCUCGCUACAGCUUCCAGUGGAAUUACGGUGCGCAUUCAGAGUCUCGGCGAAGUGAUCGGAUCCGAAACGGUUACCGCUCGUACAGAGCAACUGGUGUAUCAGUUUUUUAACAUACCUUAUGCAGAGGCACCGACCGGUACAAGACGCUUUAAGCCACCGGUUCCAAUCGCAUCGUGGAACGUCGCUAAGGAUGUUUCCGAACCAGGCCGACCCUGCCCACAGCCCGGUAUAACCGAUCAGCUGAAUCCUGGAGAUAUUACACCAGCAAUUGAAGACUGUCUAUCGCUAUCUGUCUUCACGAAAAAUGUUACAGCGAAAUACCCCGUCAUGGUGUACAUUCAUGGUGGAUCGUUUUAUCUUGGCAAAGCCGCCGACCAUCCUCCAAACUAUCUACUCGAACGCGAUGUCACGCUGGUAGCCGUACAGUACAGGCUCGGUGCACUUGGGUUCCUCUCUACGAUGAGUGCUAACAUACCGGGCAAUGCCGCAAUGCAUGAUAUCGUUAUGGCACUGAAAUGGGUGCAAGAUCACAUAGGUGAUUUUGGAGGUGAUCCGCAACGUGUUACCGUCUUUGGACAGUCGGCUGGUGCGGCAGCUACUAGCGCACUAUUGUACAGUCCGCUAGUGCCACCUUCCUACUUUUCCCAAGUGAUCCUACAGUCUGGUGGAUCAACCGCUGCCUGGGCGAUCGAUCCUAAUCCGAUCGAUAAUGCAAAAGAUAUUGCCAAGUACGCUGGAUGUGACAUAGUGCGACCGAUAGAGGAUGUUGAGAGGUGCCUGCAGGAAUUACCAGUACUAAGUUUGAUCAGAGCUCUCGAUAUGCAUUCGCAAGAACGAAUGGUGAAUCAGGGAGUCUACAAUAUUGGAGGCUGUGGCAUGGUAAUUGGUGGACCGUCCGGUUUCCUUACCGAAGAUCCUUUCAAUGUGAUGCGAUCGGGACAAGUGCGCAAAGAUGUCCGUAUGAUGGCUGGCGCUACAAAGCACGACGGAUCAUUCAUGAUGACGGGCUUGUACGACAUGUUGUCGUCGAUGGAACUGGUCAACAAUAAUCAAUUCAACCAGUACGAUUUAAUCGACACUGCAAACCGUGUCUUCGGUAUUGACGAGCAUGGUGGCGCAUUGGCUGGAUACGAAAUCGAAACCUUAUUCACAGAGCAGGAACUUAAGAGUGGAAACUUCUCGCAGCUUAUGGCGGGUUUAAUAGAUAUUGCUGGCACAAUCGUAAUCAAAGGCCCUGUAUUACGAGAUGUACAAAACAAUGCACGAUACAGCGACAAGGAAACGUACCUUUAUUCAUUCGACUACCAGGGUGAACACACUCGCUUUGGUUACGGGGCCAAUACCUCACACUAUCCGUUCCGAGGCGGUGCUCACCAUUCGGAUGAUAACAUGUAUCUGUUUCCAUAUCCCGCAUCAGUUACCAAUUUAAAUUCCGCCGACAGACUAAUGUCCGAGAUUAUGGUGGAUCUAUGGACCUCGUUUGCAAUCGAUGGUGUGCCAAAAUCAUCCAAAGGUGUACCAACGUGGCCCAAAGUGAAUGGCCCCACUGGACCGUACAUGCACAUCAACGAACCAUUUUCCAUUGGAAGCAACUUUUAUGAUGAGUAUGCCGUCAGUGCACAUGAACGAUCGGCAGCAUACACCAUUAGACAAACUUAUGCUACUGUUAUGGUGGCACUUUCUAUAGUCCUAAGUGCUUUUUCAAUUAUCUACACGCUAUCAUAAAAUUCAAACGGUAAUUUCAUUUAUCCUACCAAAUAUUUCUGACGGAAUCGUUGAAAAAUCAUGAAUGUACGCGUUUGCACGGUUGUGUGUACCAUUUUCAUAAGAUUUUUAUUCUUUUCAAGAAUAAAUUGAUUUUAAAAGAAUUCAACAAAAAUAUAAGAAGCACUAGUACACUCCUAUUCAAAGUGUAUUAGAAAUAUAACCAGUACGAAAUAAAUAUAAUAUCUCAAACUGCAUCAAUCGCUUUGUUUAUUCAAAAUAUACAAAAAAAAUAUUCUCAAACUUUAUAU